AUGUUUGUCAACACCAUUGAUGCUGCUAGUCUCGCCCUAAUUGUGCCUGUGGUGCACCGUGGCCUGCGAGACCGGAGUGGAGAGACAAAGAAGAAGGCUGCAAGGAUUCUGCAGAAUUUGUGCCGCUUGAUUAAUGACCCAAAGGACAUGACUCCAUAUGUGCAGCUGAUGAUUCCGGAGAUACAGAAGGCCAUUCUUGACCCAUUGCCUGACGUGCGAGGCCAGGCAUCCAAAGCUCUUGGGGCCUUGUUCCAGGACUUGGGUGCUCAGGCACCUGCUGAUGUCAUGCCUUGGCUGAUGGAGACUCUGCGGUCCAAAGGUUCAAGCGUGGAAAGGAGCGGCGCAGCCCAGGCACUGUCAGAAGUGCUUGCCAUCCAUGGCAAGGAGCAUCUUGAGGGCCUGAUGCCAGAGAUUCUUUCAGACUGCUCGGCGUCAAAUGCCACCAACAGGGAGGGAGGCCUAAUGCUCUUCCGAUUCCUGCCACAAACCAUGCAAGAGGAUUUCCAAGCGCACCUAAGCACCGUGCUGCCAUUUAUCUUGGACGGCUUGGCAGAUGAGAAUGAUGACGUUAGGGAGGCAGCCAUGGCGGCUGGACGCAUGCUUGUUAAUGUGUAUGCGGAGUCGGCACUUCCACUUCUGUUGCCGGAAGUUGAGAGGGGACUGUUCAAUGAAAACUGGAGGAUCAGGCAGAGCUCUGUGGAUUUGUUGGGGAGCCUCUUCUACAAGGUUGCUGGCACGUCAGGCAAGGUUGUAGUUGAUGGUGGCUCUGAUGAUGAAGGUGUUGCUGUGGAGAGCUAUGGGGCAGCCAUCAUUCGAGCUGUAGGCAUGCAGAGGCGAAACGAGGUGCUUGCGAAACUGUAUGUAUGUCGCUCAGAUGUGCAGUACCCUGUGCGCACACAAGCACUGCAUGUGUGGAAGACAGUUGUGGUGAACACUCCGAAGACACUGGGUGAAAUGUUGCCUGCACUGAUGGACCUUUUGAUCGACACAUUGGCGAAUGGAGGUGAAGAUGGACGACAGACGUCUGGCCGCUGCCUUGGGGAGCUGGUGCGAAAGAUGGGCGAGCGUGUCCUGCCGAUAAUCGUGCCCAUUCUGAAGACUGGCACAGAGUCUUCAGAUGUGGCAACACGCCAGGGUGUGUGCUUUGGACUGAAGGAGGUGCUUGAUGGCCUCACCAGGCACCAAUUGACGGAGCACCUCACAACGCUACUUCCAGCAAUCCAAGCAGCACUGUGCGACACCGAUGCCACAGUUCGCGAAGCUGCAGCCGAGGCCUUCAACGCUCUGUUCAAGGCGGGUGCAGGGCCAGUGGUGGAUAGUGUCGUGCCGGCGUUGCUGUCCAAAUUGGAAGUCGACAGCCACAACAGCCAGGCGCUGGAGGGCUUGCAGGUCAUCUUGAGCGUCCGCCCGCAAAUGCUUACCACGAUGGUACCUCGCCUGCUGAAGAAGCCAUAUACUAGUACCAAUUUGGGAGCUCUAGGUGCUCUUUCUGAGGCUGCAGGGGCUUCACUGCAGAGCCACAUCUCCACGAUUAUGACGCCAGUGCUCACAGUUGCCAGUCGUCAAGAUGAGACACCGGUUGUGGAUGCAGCCAGAGAGUGCGCUAGCAGGGUGGCACUUUCUGUGCAGGAUGAAGCUGCAUACAAACUGAUGGCAGAUAUCCAGAAGGGCCUGGAAGACCCCAGCAUGCGCCUCUGGUCUGCAAAAUUGGUUGAGACGGUGUGCACCAAGAGCAGGCUGGACAUUCAAGACUAUGUGCCAGAUUUGAUCCAGAACCUUGUUCCUCUACUUGCCGAAGAGGAUCACGAAGUGCUCAUGGCAUGUUGGACAGCCUUGGGUGCUGUGACAAAGACGAUUCCCAAAGAGAUGAUGCCGUCUUAUGUGCGGUCCCUUAAGGACGCAAUUGCGACAGCCAAAGAGAAGGAGAGGCGGCGUAGGCGCGGCAUGGCAACUGCAGGAGCUGGACCAAUUUUGGUGGCGGGCUUCUGUUUGCCCAAGGCGCUCACCCCCGUGCUCCCGAUUUACUUGCAGGGAGUACUCCAGGGUAAUUCUGCAGAAUUCCGUGAGCUUGCAGCUGAGGGGCUUGGCGAACUCAUCGAAGUCACAGACGAGAAAGUCCUCAAAGCGUUCGUUGUGCAGAUUACUGGACCACUAAUUCGCAUUAUUAGUGACAG